CAGGGAGCUUUUGCAAAAGUAUAUAAAGCGCGUUGUUUAGAUAACAACGCCAUUGUAUCCAUUAAGAUAUUAAAGCUCGAAGACCCUUCUAUCAAUCUGGAGGAUACUCGGAAGGAGGUCCUAACAAUGAAACUAUGUGACCACGAAAACGUUCUGACGUGUUACUGCUGCUUCAAUGUGGGAUGCUCGCUGUGGAUCGUCACGCCCCUCAUGAUCAAGGGCUCGUUCCUGCGCAUCCUCCAGUACCUCUCCAGCCAAAAGCGCAUUCAAGACGGUCAGGGCUUCGAGGAGUGCAUCGUUGCAUACAUCAUCCGCGAGACGGCCAAGGCUCUCAAAUACCUGCACGAUUCCAACCUCCUGCACCGAGACGUCAAGGCGGGCAAUAUCCUCGUCGACGCGGACGCGAACAUCCGUCUUGCCGAUCUGGGCGUGGCGCGCGUGCUCGAAGGGACCGUGAAGAAGCAGGAGGCGCGGACCUUCGUGGGCACGCCCUGCUGGAUGGCGCCCGAAGUCAUGAACCGCGAGCGGUACAACUCCCGCGCCGACAUCUGGUCGCUAGGCAUCACGGCGCUGGAGCUUUUCAAGGGCUACCCGCCCCUGGCGAAGUUCGAGCCGAUGGAGAUCCUGAUCCGCACGGUGCAGGGCGAGUCGCCCUCCUUCGCCUCGUACAACGAUUCCUGCCCGAUCAAGCCGUCCAGCGCGUUCGUGGGGUUCAUCAGCUCGGUGCUGAAGAAGGACCCUGCGCAGCGCUACAGCGCCGAUAAAGUGCUGAGCCACCGCUGGCUGGCCAUCGCCGACCAGGGCCGCGAGGCGCUGAAGAAGCUGCUGGAGACCAUCCCUGACUUAGAGGGGCUGCCGGACGUGCCGGUGGAGCUGCCCGGGCUGGAGGUGCACUACGUGAAGAAUACGACGUGGGACUUCAGCGGCGUGCAGGGACUGAAGGACAGCGAGAAGGACAAGUGGCUGGGAGAGUUCACCAAGGUAGGGCAGAGGAGAGAGGGUCAGACGUAGGCGUCGGUGAAAGAGACGGAGGCUCCGUAGUUGAUUGUAUAUUAUACUACUAGCAUGUGCG